AUGGAGAUGAUAGUACUAAGGAAUUCAGCACUGAUUGGGAAUAGGGAAGUUACUACCAUUCGGUCCGACGAUGGUAGCGAUACGUUUUAUUUUGCGGUGGGCGAACUGGCGGCUGCUCUCGGAUACAUUAGGACACAGAAUGCAGUUACCAGACAUACUAAAGAAUGGAUGAGGACCACACUUGAAAAUAUAAAGGGGUCCUCGUUUCAGGGACCCCUUCACACACCCGGUGGCGAGCAACCCAACAGGGUGUUUGUUACCGAACCCGGUUUAUACAGUCUUGUAUCCCGUUCGAAAUUACCUGCCGCCGAGAACUUUCAGCGGUGGGUAUUUGAACAUGUUCUUCCGUCUAUCCGAAAAACGGGAACGUAUACGCUACCGGGAGUCUUGAAUACGAUAAAAGGUAUCGAUGAUAUGAAAUUACGCGAACUUGUCGAUGAUGAGAAGGUGGAAGCAAGGAGUGAAUUUGUUCACAAGGGGAAUAUUGUUAAAGAUAAGAGGAGAGUUGAAUCCGGGAAAAAAGGUGGAUUAGUUGUUCAAGAAAAAAUCAGACAGACUAAAAAAGAAUUGGAAGUAAAAGAAUUUCAGGUUUACGAACGGGAAAAAGAGGCCACAGAACUUAGGAUCGAAGUAUCGUGUAUGAAAGUUAUAAUAGAUGUACUCGAAGAAGAACGGGACGAACUUGAAGAAGAACGGGAUGAUCUUGAAGAUGAACGAGACAGAUUUGAAGAAAAAGUACAGGAUCUCAAAAAAGAAUUAGUCGAAAAGAUUGAAAGAAUUCACGAACUCGAAGAUGAAAACGAACGACUUUUGACUUGA